GAAUCCCCCUUGGCCAAAGCAAAGAAUCCAGCGUUAAUGUCUUUAGCUACGUGUCCCUUCACGGCUAUCUUCUUGUCUGUUCAUCUUUCGUGCAGCUGGUUGCGGAAGAAACCAUGGCUGCAGCCAUUUCCACUCUCUCCAUCCUCUUCAUGGUUUGGACGAUCAAAGCUGUUGAUGGAGCCGGCAUUGGCAUCAGCUACGGCAGAGCCGCAAGCAAUCUCCCCCCACCUGUCCAAGUCGCGCAGGUCCUCGCCCACAGCGCCACCUUCGACUGCGUCAAACUCUUCGACCUCAGAUUCGCCCACAAAUGGGUGCGAACCAACAUCGUCCCUCGUGUCGACGACACCAACAACGCCCGCAUACUCGUCGGCAACGAGGUGAUCUCCACGGCCAACAGGUCACUGGUCUCCAGCCUCGUGCCGGCCAUGCAGAACCUGCACACCGUCCUCACCAGCUUGUCGCUGCAGCACCGCAUCAAGGUCGCUUCCCCGCAGUCCCUCGGCGUCCUCUCCACCUCCAACCCCCCGUCCACCGGAAAGUUCAGGGAAGGGCGUGUCGCCGAGGUGAUGAGGCCGUUGCUGAGCUUCUUGAGAGCCACCGGCUCCCCUUUCACGGUGAACGCGCACCCGUUCUUCCGAUUCGCCGUCGACACGGUCGACUACGCCCUGUUCCGGCUGAACCCCGGCGUGGAGGACCAGAACACGGGGCUGGUCUACUCCAACAUGUUGGACGGGCAACUGGACGCCGUCUUCUCCGCCAUCAAGCGCUUGGGCUUCGACGACGUCGACAUCGUGAUAUCUGAGACGGGGUGGCCGUCGGUCGGCGACCCACGGGAGCUCGGCGUCAACGUCGAUAACGCCCGGGACUACAACAAGAACCUGGUGCAGCACGUCUCUUCCGGCACCGACACGCCGCUCAAGCCGAACCGCACCUUCGAGGCGUACAUCUUCUCGCUCUUCGACGAGAACCUGAAGCCCGGGCCUCUCUCCCAGCGGAACUUCGGCCUGUUUCAUCCUGAUCUGCUGCCCGUCUACAUCGGAGUCCUAACAACAGAGGUGGGAGGUCACGCCACCGCUGCAGUGCAAACACUGAACCCAAACACACUCCGAUUCAAAACGAUGGUGCAUUCCGAAGCCGAACACCGACGUCCUAUUGUUGCGUAGUAUGUCUGUG